CAACCGUCCUAAAGCAGACGCGCUAGUAGUUUCUUCAGAGUUCAGGCGCACUCCGCAGAAGCAGCGUCUUCGAUUCUCGGCUUCUCGGCAGUUCUCUGUGAUGGCAUCGUCUUCGAGUCGGCGCGCGGUGGCUCUGGCAGCGCUCGUGGUCGUCUUUCUGGUCGCCGGAGCGGGCCUUGCUGGCGCGGCGCGGCCGGCACCGGCGGAGAGGAGCGGGGACGGCGCGAUGUACUCGGCGGUGUACCCGGCCGCGGUGGUGGUGGCGGACAGGGCGAGGGAGACGGUGGAGAUGCUCAUGGCGAGGCUGCCGGCUGGGCCCAGCCCCAAGGGCCCCGGCCACUAGCUACGCACGGACGGCAAGGGCGUCGCUGUCGGGCUGAUCGAUCGAUUGGUCUCAUCUGCCUGUGAAUAGUUCAGGGUACAUAGACACACGAAGGUUAUACUAAUUUCACAUACUACAUAGUAUGAUGAUUCUUUGAUACUUUUCUUCUUGUUUUACCUUUUCUUUUUGGAAAUUGUUGAUACGAAGAUUCAAGAUUGUAUAUGGAGUAUGACCCUAGAGCGGCACACUCGGUCUUGUUUGAACUCACUAAUUGGCACCUAGGUCGC